UGCUUUGAGCAAGCGAAAUCAACUCGAUUCCACGAGCUCUGCUUUCCCUCUUUCCAAGCUCGCUGCCUGCACCCGUGCCAGCUAGGGCGCCGAGUCCGCCUGCAGCAACCAUGGCGCUCAUGCAGCCGGAGGAGUUCCAGCACAUUCUGCGUGUGCUGAAUACCAACGUGGAUGGCAGGCAGAAGAUUAUGUACGCCUUGACCUCCAUCAAGGGUGUGGGCCGCAGGUUCGCCAACCUGGUGUGCAAGAAGGCUGACGUGGAUAUGUCCAAGAGGGCCGGCGAGCUGUCCGCGGCGGAGCUGGAGAACCUGAUGAACAUCGUGGCCAACCCGCGGCAGUUCAAGAUCCCCGACUGGUUCCUGAACAGAAAGAAGGACCAGAAGGACGGGCGCUACAGCCAGGUGGUGUCUAACCAGUUGGACAUGAAGCUGCGUGACGAUCUCGAGCGCCUCAAGAAGAUCCGUAACCACCGCGGGCUGCGGCACUACUGGGGCCUCCGUGUACGCGGGCAGCACACCAAGACCACCGGCCGGCGCGGGAGGACCGUCGGUGUGUCCAAGAAGCGGUAGAGAGGGUAAUCUCCAGUUGUCACAGGCAGCGUUGAGGAAAUUGGCGGAUCAGGUGCAUCCUUCUUCUAGUGCAGAAGGGGCUGCGCUUCACGCUUCCAAUGUAUUGUGGACGAGAUGUGCUCUCCUCGUGGAAAGUUGCAUGUGUCUUUCAUUCGGAAUGAACCGGUUCAUGUGUGUUCACUCUGGUCAUGUUGAUGAGAACUCUUAUCGUUUGUAGAGGGUCUGGAGCCUAGUCCGUUGCACCCACACACAUUUG